AUGUUACAACUGAUCGUAAAGAACCUUCUGAAUGGGGUAGAGUUCUGCAAGUCCUUUGGGGACUCAAUAAAGCCCUGAGCCUGGAGCAAACAUGCCCAGAGACCAAGGCAGCCCGAGCAGCCCUCACAAGGCUCUGCUCCGGAAAUUAAGAAGGAUGACAAGAAGAAAAAGGCCCCACAUGAACUGGAGCAGCUGAUGGAAGACACCGAGUUCCAGAAGUUCCUUUCAGUUCACCAGAAGUGGACACAGGUGGCCACUUGGGCAAAUGAUGCCCUGGACACUGAGCCCCCAGAAGGGAAGAGCAAGCCGACCAGUGACUACCUGAACUUUGACUCUGAUUCUGGGCAGGAGAGUGAGGAGGAGGCUGCGAGGAGGAGCCUCUCAGCAGAGCAAGGCCUGGAAGCUAAGGCGGCUGCGCAGCGGGGGCUGUCGGACAUGGAGUACCUGAAGUCCAAGGUGGUGGCAGCCGAGUCCUCUUCCUCAGAGGAGGAGGAAAGUGAGGACGAAGCUGUAAACUGUGACAGAGGCAGCGAGGAAGAGGAGUCCCCUGCCACCCCUGACCAGCCGGAGCAAGGGAGCCCAGGGACCCUGCCUGGGAGGGGGAGGCUGCAGGAGCCUGGAGCCCAGAGAGAGAAACCAGCAAACCAGAAGGAACCCACCAUGGCCUACACCAUGAAGCUCUGGGGAGCCCCGUUCAGUGUCACAGAGAAAAAUGUCCUGGAAUUCCUGACGCCCCUGAAACCAGUGGCCAUUCGAAUAGUGAGAAAUGCACAGGGGAACAAGACAGGGUACAUCUUUGUGGAUUUCAGCAGCGAAGAGGAGGUGAAGAGAGCCCUGAAGUGCAACUGGGAGUAUAUGGGUAAGGAGGCGCGGCGCUGCUUCCCGGGUUCCCUGGCUCCCGCGCAAGAGGAGGAGUCCCGAUGCCCGGCCCUUUCUCACCCUGAGCUCAGGCCCAGCUCCAGCUCUAGCAGGCUGACGCCUCCCCUGUCCUCAGGUCCCCUGUCGGAGCUCCACUACUCCAUUGACAGCCUGACCAAGAAGCCCAAGGGCUUCGCCUUUGUCACCUUCAUGUUCCCUGAGCACACGGUGAAGGCCUACAUAGCCAUGGACGGACAGGUGUUCCAGGGCAGGAUGCUGGGCGUGCUGUCAUCCACCAUCAGGAAGGAAGCCAGUGAGGACGUAGAUGUCCCCGGCUUGUCCAAGAAGAAGAAGGCGUCUGAGGACAAAGCCCGCAGCUCCAGCUCUCGCAACUGGAACACGCUGCUCAUGGGGCCCAAUGCCAUGGCCGAUGCCAUCGCACAGAAGUACAGUGCCACCAAGCAAGUAUUCGACCACGAGACCAAGGGCAGGGUGGCCAUGUACGUGGCUCUCUAGGAAACUCAGCUGGUCCAAGAAGUGCAGCACUUCCUCAUCCACAACAGCGUCAGCCUGGACUCUUUCAGCCAGGCGACAGCAGAACGAAGCAAGACUGUGAUUCUGGCCAAGAACCUCCCAGCAGGCACCCUGGCGGCCGAGCUGCAGGAGACCUUCGGCCAUUUCAGAAGCCUGGACUGCGUGCUGCUGCCCGAGGGUGACGUCACUGCCAUCGUGGAGUUCCUGGAACCCCUAGAGGCCCACAAGGCCUUCCGAUACCUGGUCUAUUCCAAGGUAGGCCGCUGGGAGCUGCUAGCCCCGAAGAAGAAGCUGUCUGUGGUGUUGGACAGGAUCCUGGAGCAGCUGGAGGACAGUGACCAUGAGGGUGACGCGCAGACACUUCAGCUGUGA